AUGGCCAACGUCGUGGUUAAUCAGCUCCAGCUGCCAGCUGCUUCAGAAACGAUCCAACAUGGCUAUCUGCACACAGAUGAUGGGCACUUCUCGUGGCCUUCAAUGCACGCUAGCCCUGACGAGUUGUCCCCAGAUACGCGAUUCCGUGAGCUACAGCAAGAACUCCGCACGAUGCUCUUUGCCGAAGCACCAAGUCUACUGAAUACGAGAGCAUGUUCACCUCUUUCGACCCAGAGCGACGCAGGCAGUGACCAAGUCGGAGAGUAUCCACAAGAAGAGCCCGAUUUUGGGCGUACGUCCAUCUCAAAGUCGAGACUCAUAAAGUACAUGACACAUUGGAUCACGGACAGUGCGCCGUGCUUGGACAAAUUCGACGAGGCCCAGCAUUUCGCGGUGGAAAUCCCCCUGCUAGCCCGACGCUCGCCGGCGUUGCUCUAUGCGAUCCUCGCAUUUUCUGCUCGACACAUGGAGAGGAAACUAGGCGCACAGAAGACUUAUGACAGUCUUGAACUCUAUCAAGAGUCGAUUGCUCUACUAGCCGCCGGGCUGCAGGCGAGAGACGCGAAUAUGGUCGCCGUCGUUUGCAUCCUAGCCUGCCUCGAGCUAAUGUCAGAUAGCUCUUGGGAUUGGAGAAGACACGUCGAGGGCUGUGCCACUUUGCUCAGCCUCUUCAACGUCCAUGGCUUCUGCGGUGGUCUCCUACAAGCCGUCUUCUGGUGUUAUGCUCGUAUGGAUGUCUGCGGUGCGGUUCUUGCCCACGGCUCGGAGAGCACCGUUCUUCACAUAGGCCAGUGGCUGGCGCCUACGAGACUGCUGAUACACCCGCUGGCCCGGCGUGAAGAGAUGGUACGGCAGAUGUUCGGGCAACACAGCGUGAACAGCCCAGACAUGUAUGGAAACUGGGCUAUUUACCUAUGUGCGAAGGUCACCGACCUAAGUUACCGACGAACAAGCUUGCUGGAAUCGGACCAAGCUGAUCAAUACGACACUCGACCCUUUGAAGUCCAGUGGCGUCGGCUCUGGACUGACCUGCAGCAUUGGUACUCUCACAGGCCGCCGUCGAUGCAGCCCGUCAAGGCGACCCCUGGCGACGGCGACGAACUCUUUCCAGACAUUCUCUUCGUGCAUCGCGCCGCCAUCUCAAGCAACCAAUCCUACCAUACAGCUUGCAUCCUGAUGCUUGAGCUCCAUAAACCAAGGACUGAGACGGCCCCGGGAUCCUCGCAAGAUUCGAUCAUUUGGCAUGCACGGAGAGUGUGUGGGAUCUCCCUGACCAACCCACACCGCGGAAACUUGAUCAAUGCGAUUCAGCCGCUGUGCCUGGCUGGCAGGUAUUUUACUCACCUGGACGAACAUCUCGCAGUGGCGCGAUUAUUGAGACUGAUCCACGAAAGUACAGGAUGGGGCUCUCUGGGAAGGAUCAAAGAGCUCGAGAUCCUAUGGGGAUACGAGCCAGGAACGCUCUUGUCAAUACUGCAGGCCUAG